AUGUCUAUAAAGGGGAACCUGCAAUCCCUUGUUUUUGGUUUGAAUUUCCUCAGCCAACACCAUUGCAACAUUCUCGAGAUUCUCGAAACUUCCAGCCUUCUCUCCAAUUCCACAUCCAGCAGGAUGUUUUCCUACGCAUUCUUUCUCCUCCUCGCUUGUACCGCAAAUUUAUACGCUGGUGCAUCACCAACGGCCGGCAAAAAUGCUGCUGGGAGCGUGUCUGUCGCGCGUACAGACAUUGGGUCUAACCCAAUUGCAGGACGCGAGGCCAGUAAAGAGAUCUGGAGAAUUGUAUAUAUGGAUGAAGCCCUAAAGCAUCUUCUGCCGAAAAUCCGGACGCGACAAUCAUCACUCCAGCCAGAUCCCCGGACCGUCAUUGAUGCUCUGAAAGCUGAUCUCCACUCAAAACUCAAGAUUGUCCAAGAUAAAAAGCCAAAUUUUAUCGAUGGCUGA